AUGUACGCCGAUAAGGAAGAAGCAUUGCGCCGAACGCUAGCGUCAGGACCUAUGACGCCAGAAGAGCGUGAGAAACAGCUGCAAGAAGAGCUGCGUCGAAGAGCCGCUGAUUCGCGGCGCGAUACGCAUCAUCAAUCGCACGACAUGCGACGAGCGUCGCGAAGGCGUGGAGAGGAAGUUGAGGACCGGUACAUGUCACAAGCUCCGCGUGAUAGUGGCGAUGGACGUUGGCGUGAGGAAGCAUCAUAUCGGCAUCAGAGAUCAGGUGGACGGAGACCGCACCAUGGCGACGACGCACGUAUGCGACGCCGAAGUCGAAGUCCGGUUGGCCGCGGAUCGCGGGCGGUGCCGUUUGGUGCUGAAUACGAGACCAAGUCGGUGUUUUGCAGUGAGCUGGACUCGCGUGUAGGACAGCGUGACUUGGGUGAGUUUUUUGAGGACAACUUGGGUCCCCAUUCGGUUGUGGAUGUGCGACUUGAAGUCGAGGUAAAAACGGGUGCAUCACGAGGAAUCGGCUAUGUCGAACUCAGCGAUGCAGCACUCGUGCCUCGAGCUUUAGAGCUGAGCGGGAAGCGGAUGUUUGGAUGGCCGAUUCUUGUGCAGAAUGCAGAUGCGGCGCGCAAAAACCCAGUUGUCGGCAUGUACGAGCCACCACGGGCGUCGGUAUCGACGACAAGUGUGCCGCCGCCCGCCGCUGUGCCAUCGAAUACGGAUGCGCGGCUAUAUGUUGGCAAUCUACACUUUGAUAUUGCGGCACCGCAUGUGCGUGCGGUGUUCGAGCCGUUUGGGCCAUUGGACGAUGUCGAGGUGUAUUACCAUCCUGUGACGGGUAAGAGCAAGGGCUUCGCUUUUGUGCAGUUUCAAGAGGUACAAGAUGCGCAGCAGGCUAUGGAGCAGCUUAAUGGCAUGGACCUUGCAGGCCGUGCGAUGCGCGUCGGACCGGUGAAUGCGCGUGGAUCUGACAGGCGCGACGUAGGUCCAUCGCAUGAGGCGGCACCAACGGCCGUUCUGUUGCGGCAUAUGUUUGAUCCGCGAGAAGAGACGGAGCCGCAAUGGCACGUGGAUUUAUCUGAGGACGUGCGACUCGAAUGCACUCGGCAUGGACAUGUCGAUUCCGUCUUUGUCGAUAAGGACAGUCACGAUGGCGAGGUGUACGUAUGUUUUCAUCGUCCCGAAGAGGCGCAGAGUGCAUGCGCAAGUCUUCAAGGCCGCUUUUUCGGUGGCAAGUUGGUAGAGGCGAGGCUGAUCCAAGCUUCGCUCGCUCAGGCCAAAUAUGCCUCCACGUGA